AUGAUAAGAGUGAUGGUCUUGACUGGACGCCAAAUGCAAGGACGUCCAAUUGAAAAUGACCUUAACAAAAAAUGUAUUUCUACAAGGGUAUCAGUGAAUGCAUUGAUUGGUGACCGAGGCCUAUGCCAUGGUUUAUGUGAUCUUAAAGUUCCGAAACUUUUAAUCGACCGAUCCACAGGAUUAUACAAUUGGCCCGGAUGGGCCUUGACUUUUGAUACGGAUGAAAACAGUUCAUUUCACUCGAGUUCACCCGAUAAUAGUGACUUCGGCACGGAUAGCGCCGACAGCGGACCCAUCGGGGUAGCAUGCAAUCGCCCACGUAUAACGGGUUUUACGUCUUUAAACUGA